AUGACAAUUGCCAAAGAAGUUACUCCAUACGAUUCCACCCCAGGUGCUCCAGAAGUUCCUUACUACACCCCACAACAACCAAUCCCAGCAGGUACUUUUAUCGAGUCAAACGAUGACCCUAAUGCUCCAGCUCCAGCAAUCUUUACCCCAUUGAAGAUUGGACCAAUGACCAUCCAAAACCGUAUUGGUGUUUCACCAAUGUGUCAAUACUCUGCCGACAACUUCCACGCCACCAGAUUCCACGAAAUCCACUACGGAGCCAUGGUCACCCGUGGACCAGGUAUCACCAUUGUCGAAGCAACCGCCGUCUCAAGAGAAGGUGUCUUGUCCCCACACGACUUGGGUAUCUGGACAGACCUGCACGCUGAAAGCUUGAAGCCAAUCGUUGACUAUGCACACUCGCAAGGUCAAAAGAUUGCCGUGCAAUUAGGCCAUGGUGGCAGAAAGGCCAAUGGUCAACCAAUAUUUUUGCACCUUGAACAAUACGCCGAUGAAUCCGUAGGCGGUUUGCCACCAAAAGAUAUUGUUGCACCAUCGGCAAUCCCAUACAGACCUUAUGGUAACCUUGUAACCCCAAGAGAACUUAGCACUAAAGACAUCCACAGAAUCAUUGCUGAUUUUGGCAGCGCCGCCAAAAGAGCCGUUGAGAUCUCUGGCUUCGACGCAUUGGAAAUCCACGGUGCCCACGGUUACCUCAUCACUGAAUUCUUAUCACCAGUCUCAAACAAGAGAACAGAUGAGUAUGGUGGAUCAUUUGAGAACAGAGUCAGAUUCCUUUCCGAAAUUAUCGACGCUAUCAAAUCACAAAUUGACACCUCACGUAUUCCAUUAUUUGUUCGUUUUUCAGCUGUUGAGAACAGUGUUGACCCAGAGGGAUGGGACAUUGAAGACUCCAAAAAGCUCGCUGAUAUCCUUAUUGAAAAGGGUAUAAGCUUAAUCGAUGUCUCCUCCGGUGGUAACGAUUACCGUCAAAAAUCAAGGGCUGAACUCUCCAAAUCACAAAGAGAACCAAUGCAUGUCCCAUUUGCAAGAGAGCUUAAAAAACAUGUUGGUGACAAAAUUGUUGUUGCUUGUGUUGGACAAUUGGAAGACAAACCAGAGAUUGACAACAAGUAUAUCGAAGACGGAGUCUUUGACUUGGCGUUGGUUGGAAGAGGUUUCUUGAGAGAGCCAGGUUUGGUCUGGCAAUUUGCCGACAAAUUGAAUGUUAGGGUUGCCCAAUCAUUGCAGUACAGCUGGGGUUUUUGGCCAAACAGGAAACAAAUCACUGACUUGAUUGAAAGAUCAGAAAGGGAAUUGGCAAAGGAAAAGGAACAGCAAAACUAA